CAAAAAUCUCACCAAGCAAAACAAAAAUCCGUUAUCAAUCUAUUUUCCAUUAGAUUUUAAAACUAAUAUCUAUUCAAUCUAUUUUAUUCAAUCCAGUUUCCAUCUCAUCCAUAGCCCGCUUCAUCUUCCUCAUCCAACCCACACCACCGCCCAAAACCCAAUCCUCCUCUUCCUCACCACAAUCCAACCCCAAAAUGGCAACCCAAAGACGCUCCCACAACGAUCGCAUCACAGCCGGCGAAGAAAAAGAAGCUUCAUUCAAAGCUGAAGCCGUGCUUGGGGAGAAGAGUAAUAUUGCUCCUGCUGUUCCUGCGUUAGUUUUCUUUCACUUCCUCAUACAUUCUCUCUUAUAUCUAUAUUCAUAUUUAUAUCCUCCCAUAUUCUUUAUCUUCAUCCACUCAUACAUACCACUUCUUCCACAUCUCACACACACAUCCACCACACCCUUCCUUUGUUCUCCUUCCCCUUGACACCUCUCCCCUUUACUCCUAACAUCACACCCCAACUCCAACUAACCUCCCUCUUCCAAAACCAGCCACAUAAUAUACAAACUCCUCGGCUUCACCCUAGCCAUGAUAGUCAUACCAAUAAGUUCCUAUUUCCUAACCUUGAACUCAGUUUUCAGAGGUAUGUAUUCAUCCCCUCAUCCCCUCAUCCCUCAUCCCUCCUUCCCCACAAACAACCCCCACCACAAAACCAAACCAACAAACUCACCCCUCCCCAGGAAACUCCACAUUCGCCGGUGCCACCGCUGCAAUAAUGGCAAAUGUAGUAUUAGUCGGUUACGUCAUCGUAGCCAUGAAGGAAGAUCAAAGCGAAGCACUUGAAGCUGCUGCUGCCAAAGAGACGAAGACGGAAUCGAAAAAGGAGUUAUAAUAAUGUAUUUCUCACGAGGGUUAUUAGUCACGGUUUAUUUAUCUUUGAAUUUCACGAGGGAGUCAAAUUCAGUCAGUUCAAGCCAAAU